AUGGGUCUGAGUGUGGUGGGCUCUUCCGAUUUCAUCUUUGGCUCUGGUAGCAGCAACAACUCAAUCAACAGCAUUAUCACUGGUGAUCUGCUGAUUGUUAUGGCGCAAAUCGUUACAGCCAGCCAAAUGGUAUGGGAAGAGAAAUUUGUUACCAAACACAAUGUGCCAUUGUUGCAGGCCGUCGGCUGGGAGGGUAUUUUUGGUUUUGUAACCCUGUCCCUCUUGCUUAUUUCUAUGUAUUUCCUUCGUGUGGGACCUCCAUUUAGCUCUAAUCCUCGUAUGGUCCUUGAAGAUGCUCUGGAUGGUUUCAUCCAAAUGCGUAAUAACCCAAUGAUUAUUCUCGCCAUGUCAGGUACUGUGAUAAGUAUCACAUUAUUUAAUUUUGCUGGUGUCAGCGUCACAAAGGAAUUGUCAGCGACCACUCGUAUGGUUCUGGAUUCGGUACGAACGCUUGUUAUUUGGAGCGUAAGUCUAUCUCUUCAAUGGCAACAAUUUUAUUGGCCUCAGAUUAUUGGAUUUGCUUUGCUUGUGAUGGGCAUGGGCUUGUACAAUAACAUUAUCAACGCUUCGAUUUGCAAGUGCCGCCGCGAAUCGGACUCGGAGCCACUUUUAGGGGUUAAUGAAGACCAAUCCAUCAAUGAGGAAGAAGGAAGACGUAGUGUUAUCCACUAG